AUGCCUUCCGAUAAGUCCCCGGUCGGCGACUCCGCACCGGAUCUCGAGAUCGUGGGAAACAAAGUCACAAUUCAUCCCAGUGGAGUUACUGGAGGGCUGGAACCUCAAGAUGAACAGAUCACCGAACGCAACCUCGUCCGCCAUAUGGCGAGGUUUCGCGAGAACCCUUUCGAUUUCCUACGAGAAGUGAGCUUGUACAUGUCAGGAACAGGUUGGCGCGCCUACGAUGAUGUGAUCGGACAACCCAUAUUCUAUUCUGGUUUUACGGAUCGAAUGAAGUCCCGGAUUCUUGCAAGUCCCCUGUUGCAAGGGAAGGUGAAGGAGCUGGCGGAGGCACGGUUAACAGUGGAGGAGAAGGAUGGAUUGUUGGAUGUGACACCAGGACCCCUGGAGCAGAAACGGAUACACCGUCGGAAUGAGAUACAAAGUAAUCUGAAGGAGGUGGUAGAUUCUAUGCUAGAUAACAUGAUCUGCAAGAUGGAAAGCAAGAGGUUCAUCCGCGGGGCGUACUAUCUCUGCACGCAGCUCCUGACGCGCGCUUACCAUCAAGGAAUACACGUGUCUAGCGAAGAAGUCCUCCGGCUGAGAUCUUUCGCGCAAGAGGCAGCUGCCAAGAAGCAAUCCAUUGUCUUUUUGCCGUGUCACAAAUCGCAUGUCGACUAUGUGUCGCUCCAGCUUAUCUGCUAUCGCCUUGGAAUUGGGCUUCCGGUCGUAGUGGCGGGAGAGAAUCUUAAUAUCCCGAUGCUGGGCCCUUUUCUCCAGCAUGCAGGCGCGAUGUGGAUUCGGAGGAGCUUUGGAAACGAUCCGCUAUAUAACACCGUUGUACAGGCUUAUAUUGAUACCCUGCUGCAGCAAGGGUUCAACUUUGAAUGUUUCAUCGAAGGUGGUCGUUCGAGGACUGGAAAGCUUCUUUCACCCAAAUUUGGCAUUCUUAGCUUUAUCUUGGACAGUGUUCUUUCCGGUCGCGUAGAGGACACCAUCAUUUGCCCUGUCAGCACACAGUAUGAUAAAGUGAUUGAGACUGAGUCCUACAUCAGCGAACUGCUUGGUCAACCGAAGAGAAAGGAAAACCUGGCUGAUUUCUUAUCUUCAUCCUCUGUCCUUUCUCUCAAGCUCGGUCGGGUUGAUGUUCGAUUUCACGAACCAUGGAGCUUGAGAGAGUUCAUCAACCAGCAAUUGACACGAAUGCCGGAACAGAUUGUCGCAAAGGAUGGCCCGCAGCUGAACUAUGCUGAUAGAGGUCGGGUAUUGAGAUCUUUGGGUUACAGGGUCUUGUCUGACAUCAACGAUGUUUCUGUAAUGAUGCCUACAGCUUUGGUUGGCACUGUCCUUCUCACGCUUCGCGGUCGAGGCGUCGGCAAAGGUGAGAUGGUCCGGCGCGUCGAAUGGCUGUGUGAACGUGUUCGAGCAAAGGGCGGACGGGUCGCUCACUUCUAUCGUUACCCAACGGAUGUUGUUGUCGACCGUGCGCUAGAGGUCUUGGGGCCGCAGCUUGUGGGCGAGGUGAGCGGACUGGUCGAACCGACUUACUACGCCGUGGAUCGUUUCCAGCUUUCAUUCUAUCGCAACAUGACCAUCCACUUGUUCAUCACGGAGGCGCUGGUGUCUGCGGGAAUGUAUACGAGAAUUAAGCAAGGCGGCGGGCCGUCUUAUCAGCGCAUAUCCUACCAAGACCUCCUAAACCAGGUCUCGUUCCUGUCUCAACUUUUCCGUGGCGAAUUCAUUUUCCCACCGGAGGGCCUGACAACAAACAUGGAAAAGACUCUGCGUGGGCUCGAAAGAGACAACAUAAUCACCGUGAGCCGAGACGCCGCCGGCGCGCCACAAUUCGUGGAGCUCAGCGACGCAGAACGGCAAUGUGGCCGCGAGAACUACGACUUCUACUGCUUCCUAGUCUGGCCAUUCAUUGAAGCCUCCUGGCUCGGCUCCGUCUCUCUCCUCGGACUGACGCCCCCUCUCAACGGCGCUGAAGAUGUCUGGAUCGAUUUGAACAAGGCUCAAAACAGCGCCCAACUGCUUGGCAAAACACUUUACCACCAAGGCGACCUCUCCUACUUCGAAGCCGUCAACAAGGAGACUCUCCGAAACUCCUACCAACGCUUCGCAGAGGAAGGCAUCAUCCAAGUCGCCAAAAGCAAAGGAUCGAAGAUAUCCACGAUGAAGCUAGCCCCCGAAUGGACGCCCGAGCGGGAUCCAACCACGGGAAAGCUUCUUCCUCGUGGUCGUCUUUGGGACUUUACUGAGCUGAUUGCACAGUCCAGACGUGAGGGCAAAAACCGCCGUGACGGCGCAACAGUCUCGUCGCGGGUUCUGCACAUGUCGGACGUUGUGGGCCGCAAGUUAUUCGAGGACGCAAGCCCUAGUCCCGCUGCGGCGGAGGAGGUUGAUGUCUCCAUACGGCAGAUGAGGAGGAAGGCCAUUACGCCUACUUCGAAGCUGUAG